GAUAGAAUGUUUUCACAUGUAAAAUCAGUCUACAUUCUCCAGAUUGUGAUCUUCUAUUUAUGUCCUGACACUCCCUGGUUUAUUAUAUGCUUUCUCAUAUUCUUGUGCCCACCAUUAACUUGUUUUUUUUCUUCUUUCUUUUUUUCCUCCUUUUUAUUGUAGCCUCAGACUCUCAUGAAAGGAAUCUGCGAUCAAUAAAGGUAAGUUUAUAUCGGCCUCUCCUGAAGUCAAAUAGAACCCCUUUUUUAGAUUGUUAUGUGCACACAUGAGUGAUCACCAAAGAAGAAUGAUACCAAAUGGUUGCUUAACCUUUUUCUUCACUUAAACAAAGGGUUUGUUCUCUCUGUGGACCGUAAAGAAAAAAAGGAAAAACCAAACCUAGUCUUUUCUUUUUGCUCUUGGGUGUUAGCAGUCUUUAUAAAUUUGUAGAUCCACUUUAACUACAAGUCUUUUUAUAUAUAUAGGGUCUAAAAUAAUAUUGAAGCUACACUUUUUUGUUACUAGUUUAUGUGUUUAUGUCUUGAGUGCUUAAUCAUGGCCUAAGCGUAAUGAUGUUCUAGAUAUAUACAUCAUUAGUCAUGUCUUUUCCCGUCUUUGCCUGAACUAUCAGCCCCAGCCCAACUGUUCUCAGCAUCAAUCCCAUAAAUAUCUCUCAUUAUCCUCAUAUUGUUUUCCACAUACCUCUCUCUCUCUCUCUCUCUCUCUCUCUCUCUCGAUAUGUCAGCUACUGGGAUAAAACGGUCCAACCCAAACACUAGACCGGUUCAGAAAGAUGCUUCGGCCAAGCAAAACGCUAUCAAGGGACCUUAUGGUAAGAGUCCGGGAUGCACAACAAGCUGCGGAUUAAGAUUACCAGGGAAAACAGAAGCCACGGCAGCAAAAUUGAUCAAGCAUCUUGGAUGCAAAUUUGCAAAAGGUUUGCGUCUAGUGGCGCUGAGGAAGAAGAAAAGAUGUCCACCAUCAAAGGUUUCUUCUUUUUCCGGGAGAUCUCAGCCGUCAAUCAUCAUCCCAAUAAACAACGACAGCCAUAGAUCAGAGGCCAUAGAAGACUGUAUACAGUUCAUCAACUCAUCAUCCUCCUUCACCAGAUCAAAAUCUACUUCUUAAGUUUUCUCAUUCAUAAACCCUUUGUCUUGGUCGCUCGUUGUUUAUUUGCUUAUGUAAUAUCUACAUAAACCUAUGUGUGUGUAAAUGUUUUAUGUUUUACAUCAGUUUUCAUUUUCCUUCU